AUGAUUGUGUUCCCUCCUCUCCAAGACCCUCUCAGCCGCAGACAGUUCCUGACCUCCAUCCCCAGAGUGCUUGCAGACAUCUACCACAGUCUGGGCACCCAACUCCCCGACGCAUUGGUGGCUGUUCUACCUGCUGACUUCUUCAGCGACGAGUCAGUUGCCAAGGACAGUGUUUCUCCUUCAGCAUCCUCACCUCCCCUCUCCACACACAGCCUGGUUUCGGUUGGCAAAGAUUGCCUGCAGGACCUGCGAAAUCGCUCAGCCAAAAAGAGGAGGACCGGUAUGCUGACUCGUCAUCGCAGUAUGACUGAAUCAUCACAGAGUCUUCGCCAAAUAGAAAUGCCCAAAAAGACGACAAGAGCUUCCAAAUCAAAGGUCUGUGUUGCUUUGGAGAAACCUGCUGCAGAACCACCACCUCAGAAACAAGAAACACAAGAGGUGACGAAGGUAAGAAGAAAUCUGUUCAACCAAGAGAUUGUUUCCCCUUCAAAGAAAGCCAAGCUUCCGAGGAGCAAGUCUGUGUCUGCUGUGGAAGGAUUAAAACGCAAGCGAUGCAGUGAAUCUGAAGAGAAGCACAAACUUCUAACAAAGAAAGUGUGUGAAACGCCCCUCCAUAAGCAAGUGUCCAGUCGCCUCCUAUACCAGCAGAAAAUGGGACGGAGGUCUGUCCCAUCUGAGGAGUGCAUUGUGGAAGAGUCACCAGUAAAACCUGCAGAAGACUUAAGAAGGAGCCCAAGGAUAAAGAAGUUUGCUAGAAGACACUCAAACACCUUCUACUCUAGUUCUCAACCACGCUCCCGUAACCUGGAGAGGGCGCUCUCUGCAUCCCAGCUUACACUCAGCGAUGGCAAAAUCACUGGGCUUAAUGUAAAAACAGUUCGGUCUCCCAUGCGUCUUCUUUUUGGGGCUGCCGAUUCCCCCAGUCGUCCUUCUGACCAGUCUUCUGCAACCAGGGCCACCAGGUCACGGCUGUCCACAGACUCUACUGUCUUUGAGAGUCCAAAUAAAACGCCAACAAAGUCACCUGGCAAACGUGGGAGGGCCAACCAUGAGAUCAGGACACCCAAGACCCCUCGAACCCCAGCGAGCCCCAAAACCCCACCUCUUUCCAGCAAGCGUGUUUUCUCAGUUGCAGAGAGCCCUGUAGCAGGCAGCUCUUGUGAGCUUGGUAUGGCUCUUAGGGGCAGUCCUUUCAGAUCUCCAGCAAGAAAGAGUCUUGUAGUAGAGACGCCUACUAAGCAAAGCCCUGUGAUGAGCCCACUGAAGGGUAUUCUCAGGACUCCAGUCAAAGCCUUGCUUGACUGCCGCGCCUCUUCUGGAUUACAUUUGCGCAAUAGCCCAGUUUCCAGGACUCCCAAGAAGAGCGUCACGUGGUCUCCAUCCCCUCGAAAAUAUAGAGUGGCAGAAAACAGCACUACUUUCAAGGUGCCAGAGUCUCCUCGUAUUGCAUCCCGGACUUCUCCGAGACUGGUGAAAACGCCCAACACGUUCAGCAGUCCUGUCAAAAGCACAAACACUAAAAGAGACAUUUUCAAGACCCUAGAAAAGGCAUGUCAAGUGUGCCCAGUAAGGGAUUCUGAAAAUGCAAAUAACAUUAUUUUGACAAAGGAAAGAAAUCUGAGGUCCUCUGAAAAACUUCACAAUAGGAUGAAAACACCUGGAAAAAGUGACACUGAUAGUCAACUGGAAACGCCUCUGCCACAAUCCACACUGCCCCUAGACCACUACACCUCACCUAAACUGAACUCUGGAACUCAAACCAGGACCCCCAGUCCUACUUGCCAAAUGAUUACUCGUUCUGGACGAACUCCAGGCAAAAGUUCAAACAGUGCAUCCCCGUGUAAGUCAGUAUUUACACCAGUAAGAGGUACCGCUGUUUCAAACGGAUCAGAUACUUCAGUAAAGUCUCCAACAAAGUCCCUGACAAGAACGAGGUCUGGUGAAGAUGCUAGAACCAGAUCCCAGUCUAGUGAAAAUGUUGCCUCCAAACUGAACACAGAAUCUGCUGACAACUGUGACCUUGUGGAAAGGAACAUGCAGUCAGAUACAAAGGAAGGGGUAUCGGCUGAACGUGCACAAACAUCUGAAACGGACUCUAGUUCACAUACAGAUUCACAGCAACUUGACACGUCACAAUUAAACUCUGAAUCCACAGAAGAUGAUAGUAUGGACAUUGUAGAUGCAGCAGUCGUAAAGACCCAGUUUAGUGGAGGUCUCAAGAUGAACAUUAGCUUUUCACGGAAGCAUUCAAAGUCCAGUGAAGACUUUUUGUCCGUUGCAGUGUCUCCUAAACCAUGUGUGCCACCCCAAGGCACACCUGCUAGGAGCUACGGCUUCCGGCAGACCCCGGACCGCCAACAGAGGGAGGCUGCUGCUCGUUUGGGGUACGGAAAUGAUUCCCCCCGAUUCUCAACCCCUAGGGGCCCAGCAAGACCCAGUCGAGAAAAGGGCAUGGGUACUCCGAACCCUCUGACCUACCAAGUAGAAAUGGAAAUGCAAACAUCAGGACUUCCCAAGCUCAAAAUCAAACGCACAGAUUCCAUGAAUGCCGGCGAUUUGACCUCAGGAGCUCAGAGCCCUUUGGUUGUUGUGAAACCUUCUCAGCUGGAAAGCCCCUUGGUUUUGUUCUCUAAGCACCGAGAUCCUGGAUGUGUCUCACCAUCUGUCUGUACUCAUGUCACCCCGGCUAAGAGCACACCUAGAAAAGGUGGAAGCGUCCAAACUUACAUCUGCCAAUCCUACACGCCUACACGCCAUCGUACAGGAACAGUGUCUCCGGUGGCAACUGCAGACAUCAUUCCCCUGACUCCUUCACCUCAAAGUGUAGGUAAGGCGACCCCGGACAACCUCAACAACUGGCCUCGCAGGAAGAGGGCUCAGAUCGAAGUGGUUGGAGGCAGGGAUCGUGGCCUGAAGGGGGAGCCUUUACUGGUGGAGUUGCUGGAGGAAGCUGAGCUUGGAGUUAGCAGAUUGCAGGAUGCUGAGGACAUUGACGAACCCUCAAACAACAAAGCUGCAAUAUUAACUUUGACUUCCAAACGGUCACCCUCAUAUGGAGCAGAUGCAUCUCCUCUUUCUCCAAUGGAAGACUUGUACUGGAUAGAGAAGCUGGCUCAGCAGAACGACUGUGCCGAUCCCCAGAGAGCAGAAGAAGAAAUCAUCUGGGCUGCUGCAAACGGAGAUGGGGAGUCAUUAGCUACUCCUCCCAGCUCAAAGGUGAGGAAGCCGGUGACGGCGAGUGGGAUUCUGGCCCUCACUCACUCUCCAUUGUUGUUCAAGGGAAAAACGGGCUCUGCUAGUAAGAGAGAGACACAUUUUAAAGAUGAGGCUGCAUCGGGGAGGAGGAUAGAAGUUGAUGCAGUGGACCUCUCUCCCUUCAGCCAGCCGGUCACACGCUCAAACACGGGGAAGACCUAUAGCAGGAAGAGACUGCUUCACUGAACCACAAAUCCGCCUGGCAAGCAAAGCAAAAAGAUGGUCCCUUCUGUGUGUUACUGUGAAGUUGCGAGCAUUUUUUAGCCAUUUUGUCAGGAGUGCUUUUUAUGGCAGAUCUGAAAGAUGCCUUUCAAGCACCACUUGAUGAAUGAAUGUCCCUUUCAGUCGCAUCAAUCACAUUUCUGUUGUAACGUGCGGCUUUUGUUUUAAUCAGGACAUUUUAAGAUUAAUAGGUAGGUUUAGCAUGGAGUUGAAAAGCUAUGCAGUUCUACUGUGAUGUUUAAAAUUGUUUGUAUUAAUGACUUUAUCAUUCAAAGUGUGCCAUGUUUUCUUCAUGGGUUCUUUGAAACGGUGACUUUAUAUGUCAUCGUUUUUUAAAAAUUGUGAUCAGCCAUUUUACAAUCAAGUCUAAAGCCUACAUUUGUUGAUAUAAAUACUAUUCAUGUUUAUUUAUUAGUUUGUUUGUUCUUGUCAUAACUUGCUUUUACACAGAAAGGAAGGCCUAAUGAUUGCAUCAUAUUGUAAAUAGCUCAUGUUUCCAAAGUUUAUGUAAAUAAAUAUCAGUUUUCAGAAUGAA